CCCUCUCCCGGGCGCAGCAUCCUGCACUGCGCCCUCGCGACGUCCAUCUAGCCGGCCAGCAUCGCAGCGCGCACCAAGCGUGCGCCUUUCCCUGGAGACAAGGCCACACACACCUCGUUCUUGCGCUCCUCGCCUGCAUCCGGCCUCAACGGCUCGCUCCGCCGCUCCGCACUCGGCCAUGGCCCGCGCCGGCGGACAGGCCGCUCGGCCGGCGGUCGCGUCGCCGCAGCCGCCUGUCCCGGCCGCCGAUGCGUCGAUGAGCGAUGCAGCUGCUGAAGGCGAGGCCGCCGUAGCGGCGCAGCCCUCGGCGCCGCAGCAGCCGCCGCCGCCGCCGCCGCAGCAAGUCGCAGCACCCUCGGCCGCUGCGGCACCCUCGACUCCGCGCGCCGGCGGCAGCACGAGCGCCAUUCCGAGCGUGUGCCGCAGCGCCAGCAGCAUGUCUGUUUCGGCCAGUGGCAGCGCACCUGGUCCCUCGACGCCGCAUUCUCGCGCGGCAGCGUAUGGCCUGCUGGCCAGAGCAUCGCCGCCUCCCGCCGCUGCCACUCCCUCGCUCACCACGACGCACACGCCUCGUCGUCCCUCUCUCCUCUUUGCGCCCGCCUCUCUCGCCUCCUCCUCCAGUCCCACUCCCUCGCCGCGCGACGCCACGCCGCCGCCGCCUUUCCUGCCGCCGGCGCAGCCGCAGCGAGGCCGCGGCGCCAGUGCCGCCGCUGCUCUUGCUUCACAGCAUCUUGGCAGCGCCUCGUCUGCCGCCAGCAAUCUCUUCGGCUUCGAGGUGACUGUACUGCGUCCUUUCGGCUCGCCAGCUCCGAACAUGAGCACCUGGCGACCUCCUCACGCCCCCACUCCCGGCGCUGCCUCGCGUCUCAGCUCCGCCGCCGCACAUCAGCCCACGGCCGGCAGUCCGCGCUUCUCGCAUCUCGGCAGCUUCAAUGCUGCACAGGCGCCGGCUUCGAGGCCUACGAGCGCGCCGUGGCCGUGGAGCAAUACGUAUGGAGCGCCUCAUGUGCACGCACAUCAGCAGCAGCAACAUGCUCCGCAGAACCAGCAGAGUUGGUCGGCGCUUGCUGAUCCGACGGCACUGGGUGGAACGUCAGGCGGGCAGAUGCAGGGCCGCUUCGAGGAGAACUCUGUCACUUCCUUCACGUGGCGCAUCUCCGAUCUGGCGCUGCUACGUGAUGAAGUGGAGCGAUCGAGUGCGCCGCUAGACGGCGACGAGCGCUCCGUGUCUGCUGGCGGCGGCAUGAGUGAUGUGUGGACGACGCAGCCGAUCUUCGGCGACGGCAAGUGGAAGUUGGAGCUCGUGCGUACUUCGCGUCUUCAGCCUUCGAGUGGCAGCGUGGCAGGCGACGAGGAUGACAACGACACGCCGUCUGCAAGUGAGAAUGCAUCCGCGCCCCUCUCCUCUUCGCCCAUCUCUCUCGAUCAUGCCAACCUCGCGGCGCACAUGCUCGACGGCGAUGGCAGCGGUAGCGGCGGCGGCGACGAAGCGCGCACGCUCUCGGUGCUGAGCGUCUAUCUGACCUCGAUGGUGCUCGACUACUCUCCCGCCGACUUUGCCAUUCCCGCCUGCAUCUUUCUCGGCCUCUCUCCCGCCGCGCGUUCGCCCGCCACGCGCGCCAGCCGCGGCGGCGGCUUCCUCUGGACGACGUUUGAGACGUGGGAGUUUGCGCGCGAGACGGAGUUCUGGCAGUGUCAUGGCCUUCCCUCGCUCUCUGCGCUGCUCGAGCAGCACGACAUUGCCGCACUCGACGCCAUGGAGCUCACCGUGCAGAUCAGCAUCGGCCCGAGAGCUGCAGGCUCGACGCCAGCCAUGGCACGCGGCAGGCCGUUUGAGAUGGAGAAGCUGCACGCCGUGCCUCGCGAUCUCGUCUCUGGUCUGGAAGGUCUGCUCGACUCGCAAAGCACCGGCGACGUAGUUCUACUCGUGCGCGAGUGCGGCGUUCUGCUGCCCCUCGUCGAUGACGAUGGCACUGGCGAGACAUGGCAGCGGGAAGUACAAGUGCUGCAGAUGGGAGCUCCUCUGCCUCCUGGUGCCACGCUUGUGGUGCGCGACCGAGCCAUCUGGGCACACUCUGCCAUCCUUCGCGUGCGCAGCGACUUUUUCCGCGACAUGCUUGCCUCCUCCUUUUGCGAAGGCCAAGAGCACGAUCUCGAUGCGCAGCACGGGCCAGGCGCGCAGCAGCCACACCAGCAAGAAGGCAUGGCGACGCUCGGCGCACGCAAAGUCCGAGUGCUGCGCCUGCCCGACGCCGACUUCAGCACGGCCUACGCAUUCCUUCGCUUCCUCUACCUCGACGAAGUCGAGUUUGCCGCAGCCGAAGCACUGCAUUCGGGCGGCCUGGACGAGUCAUGGCUUUCGCAUGGCCUUGCUGCUGCUGCUGUGGCCGGCGACGAGCAGGGAGAGACGUCGCAGACGCCAAUGCCGCUGUGGGAAUGGCGAGUCUGGGAUGAGGCAGAAGAGGACUUGACUGCGACAACGACUCGAUGCGAUGCCGCGACUCAAGCCGGUGCGGAGCGUUCGACGUACGGCGUCGCCUCGUCGAUGCAUGCGCACGCUGGCAGUGCCACUGCGCGUCAGCAGCCGGCUGCUCGCUCCUCGCUCAGCGAUCAUGCUGCCAGUAGGGGCAUUGGCGGCGCAGGGCCUGGGACAGGCGAGCCAAAUGCCUCAUCUGCUGCUCCCGUUGCCGAGACGUGGCCGCCGCGUGGAGCUCUGCGACUGGGAGGCGAAUGGCGACGCGUCUCCUCGUACGCCGAAGUACAACGGCAGCAACAGCAACAGGCAGCGCCGCAACAUCCAUCUCACUCGGCCUCCUCCCUCGACUCGAACGCCGACAUACCGACUCUCUCCCUCGGCGUCCUCCUCUUCUCCGACCCGCACUCUCAUCCUCCUCCCUCCGCGGCGCAGGCGCCUCCCAGUGCGCUGGCCCUCUAUCGUCUCGCCCAUCGCUGCGCCGCCACUGCGCUGGCCGAUCUCGCACGUGCCCAUCUCGUCGCUGCCCUGCGCCCACACAAUGCCUUCCCCCUGCUGCUGGCGACGGGCAGGUACGAGGAGCUGCACGUCGAAGUGAAGCGCUAUGUGCUGCGCCACUGGGAACUCGUCGCGGCUACAGACGUGUUUGAUCGGUCAGUCGGCAGUCCUUUCCCUCGCCCCUCCCCCCUCCCCCCCUCCCUCCCCUUUGAACCUGAAGAGAGAGAGCCAAGCAAGCUGACGUUGAUGGGUGGUCGCGGCAACCCGAUGCGGGGGCGCGGACAAACAGAUGCAUUCGCGAAGCCUUCGGUGGCGACUGGGGCAGCGAUGCGGCGCUGGCGGUGCUGCCGUUCCUAAAGGCCCUGCGCUCGCCUGCCGUGCACUAGUCUGAG